AUGCGAGGAGGCCCAUCAGAUGACGAAGGACUGCGCGGCGGUGUAGUGGAUUAUGAAGCCCUCCAGUUGUUUCUAGAGAGAAGUCGCGAAAACGCGGCGCGAAGUCACGAGAAGCGUCUGGCACUCUUGGAGUCUCAAUACGCCGCUCGUCUGCAGUCGUGCUCGAGGACGUCAGGCAGGUCGGCAUGGCGGCGAAGGGAGGCGCCCACCGCCACAGCAACGGACACGCAACCGAGUACACACAUCAGCCGCAGCCCCUCUCUUGCUGCAGUGGCUGCAGGCGUGAUUGAGAUUGAAGUGGACGAGAGCGACGGAGACGAGCCAGCUGAGGGAGUCGGCCCAUUUCCUCUUCACAGCAAGGGAAUUCCGCCAAUGUCAUCUACUACCUCCUCGUUCACACCGCAGAGCCACUGCGAGUCUCAGGGCAUCUCACCGGAGGUGUGCACGCCAUUUUCGCCGCCAGUGGAGCAGCCGAGUCUCCCCGUUGUGUGUGCGGAGGAGGUGCACACUGUGGCAAGCGCCAGUAGCGAUAGUGUGUGGGCUGGGCCGGCAAGUAAUGCCUACAGCCCCUUGUGCCGUGGACCACACGAGGAGAACGCCGCGACGGCGCAGCAUGUUCUUGACGAAUAUAACGAGCAGCAAGAUGUGACGCGAUGUCUGAUGCAAUUCUUCGUCAACCACCUCGACGCGGAGGUUUCGCGGGGAACACGUGAAGAUGCACCACUGUUGCCCUCACCACAUGCCAGCCGUCCGCUGGAGCCCGAACUGCAGGAGUUUCUCGCAUGGGAGGCGGCGAAGGCUGACAGGCGUCGUGAGUGUUUGCGGGCGGCACCAACAAGCACCUCCUGCGUGGCAAAGGCGUACGCCGCGGCGCAGCCCGAGGUGUGUUGGUCUUCACUAUUUGAACGCUCCGACAACACAACUGCAAUGCCUCUCACUCCAGCUUCACCGCCUGUGCGUUUUAUUGAGUGGAUUGCAUCCGAGGUGGACUGCUACGAGGAUCUGCUGCUGCAGCUGACGCCCGCCAGCGAGGAGGCGGGGCGGUGGGUGGUUGAUGCCGCGUGUGGCACGGUGCUGGACAACUACAUCGCGGAGUUUAUAGUGGACUGCAUCCUACAGAACCACAGCUGA